AUGUUGAAGGCAAUUGGCGAUUAUAAGACGGAGAUGGAAGAAUUGUUUCGUACAGCUCCUAAAUAUGCAUCAUAUAUAUCACCGGCAAUUCAAAAAGAAGUUCUAAACCUUAUAUCAAUUAGGGUGAGGAGGAUGAUUUGUGCGGAGAUUGAUGGUGGAAAAUUUUGUUUGGUUGUUGACGAAGCACGUGAUCAGUCUAAUAAAGAGCAAAUGUCAAUUGUUUUGAGAUUUGUAAAUAAAGAAGGAUUUGUUAUGGAGCGUUUCUUUGGGCUUGUUCAUGUAUCUGACACUACAGCACAAACACUUAAAAGUGCAAUUUAUUAUGUAUUAUCACAUAACAAUCUUGAUCUUAAGUCAAUUCGUGGCCAAGGGUACGAUGGUGCAAGCAACAUGCGAGGUCAUUUCAAGGGUUUGCAAGCAUUGAUUUCAAAUGAUUGUCCAUAUGCGUAUUAUGUUCAUUGUUUUGCUCAUCGAUUGCAAUUAGCAUUAAUGGCUGCUUCACAAGGAGUUGUUGCAUUACAAAAGUUUUUUACUCGAUUAUCUUUAGUUAUCAAUGUUGUUGGUGUUUCCUCUAAGCGUGCCGACCAACUUAGAGUUGCACAAGCCGAAGAAAUUACAUAUAAGAUUUCUAUUGAUGAGUUAGAGACAGGUAGAGGUCUUAAUCAAAUUGGUACAUUACAACGACCUGGUGAUACUAGAUGGAGUUCUCAUCUUAAAUCAGUUUCGAGCUUAAUCAAAAUGUUUAGUCCAACUUGUGAGGUUUUACUUAAAAUUAUUGAAGAUGGCACCGGUUCAAUCAAAGGCGACGCAGAUUCAGCAUAUGAUACUAUUACUACAUUUGAGUUCAUUUUUGUUCUUCAUCUCGAGAAAGAAAUAAUGGAGAUCACUGAUUUACUUUGCCAAGCUUUACAAAGACAAUCUCAAGAUAUUUGUAAUGCAUUGAGGCUAGUUGCAUCUACCAAAUUGUUAUUACAAAAAAUGAAAGAUGAAAGAUGGGAUGGGUUGCUCUCUCUUGUUAUGUCAUUUUGUCAGGAACGCAACAUUGAUAUCCCCGAUAUGUCUUCUCCAUACUUUAGUAGAGGGGCUCAAGCUCGUAAUGAGCGUAGUGAUCAUACAAUUGAACAUCAUUACCGAGUAGAUAUAUUUUACGAAGCAAUUAAUUGUCAAAUAAUGGAACUAAAUCAUCGAUUCAGCGAUAGCUCUACGGAGUUGCUUCGACUUUCAACAACUUUAGAUCCUAAAAGUGUUGAUGAGCCUUUUCAAAGUGGUGAUAUAAUUGAGUUAGUAGAGAAGUUUUAUCCUGAAGAUUUCAAUGAACAAGAAAAAGUAGUUUUGAAGAUUCAACUUCAACAUUAUGAGAUUGAUGUUGUUCAGCAUGCAGAUUAUAAACUAUUGACAUCUAUGUCAGAAUUGUGUCAAUGGUUGAUAAAGACUAGAAGAGUAGCAAACUUUCAUCUUAUUUAUCGAGUAGCUAGUCUCAUACUUACUCUUCCAGUCUCUACUGCUACAACAAAGAGAUCAUUUUCAGCAAUGAACCUCAUUAAAACAAGGUUACGGAAUAAGAUGGAAGACGAGUUUUUGAAUGACUCAUUAGUUUUGCACUUUGAAAGGGAACUUGCUGAAGAGAUUAGUUUAGAAACAGUUGUAGAAGACUUCAAAAAAGAAAAAGAUCGUCGCAUUCCACUUUGA